CUUGCAAUGCUCGUUAAACGAAGAUCAGACUUGCUGAAAUGCUGAGUAAAGCAGUCCAGAAAGAACUUCAGAAAGUCACGUGAACUCUUUUGGAAGAUCAACAUUCUUUAUCUUCCUUGCUUCAAGAACUCGAAAUACUUUUUUCUCUGCCAGAACUGUAUCUAAGGAUGAAGUUUCUGCCGGCUUAAAGACCUAAAGAAAAUAUCUUAAUAAACAACCUUUUUUGGACUUCUUCUUGUUAACACAGAAUUUUACAAAUGCCGCAGAGAAAGGGUCUGCUUGCUCCACAAAAUACGUUUUUAGAUACCAUAGCAAAUCGGUUCGAUGGCACACAUAGCAACUUUGUGCUCGGAAAUGCCCAAGUGGCUGCAGUUUUUCCGAUCGUUUAUUGUUCUGAUGGAUUUUGUGAGCUGACAGGAUUUUCUAGGGCUCAGAUAAUGCAAAAGGGCGUAAGCUGUAACUUCCUAUAUGGGCCUGAAACUACAGAUGACGCCAAGGAAAAAAUUGAAGACGCCUUGAAAAACAAAGUUGAAGUGAAACUGGAGGUGAUAUUUUACAAGAAGAACGGAAGUUCCUUCUGGUGCUUGUUGGACGUUGUUCCAAUCAAGAAUGAGAAGCAUGAGGUGGUUUUAUUUCUUGCCUCUCAUAAAGAUAUCACCAAAACUAAAAUGGCUGAGAUGGAAGAAGAAAUGUACAAUGAUGAGAACCCACUUGCUGGAAACUUUUCCAUCUUCGUUCCAUUUCGUCAGACGACUGACCAUAUGGCGACACUUGACCCCGAGAGCUGCGCUCCCCGUUCCAACUACCACAGGCGUCGAAGUCGGGCAGUCUUAUACCAGCUGUCGGGACAUUAUCGGCAGGAUAAGAUGAAGCCGAAGUUAAAUAUAAAUAACAACCUAUUGCGUUCCACCUCUCUCCCAGAGUACAAAACAACAGCCAUCAAGAAGUCCAAAUUCAUUCUGUCUCACUACGGAGUAUUUAAAACCUGCUGGGAUUGGUUGAUACUUAUCGCCACUUUCUACGUAGCCAUUAUGGUGCCAUAUAGCGCCGCCUUUCGGGAUACACAUAUCAAUCCAUCAGUAAAUAAAACUAUUAUCACAGAUGUCAUCGUAGAAGCCCUGUUUAUUAUAGAUAUUGCCUUUAAUUUCCGCACAACCUUCGUGAACAAGAAAGGAGAAGUGGUGGCUAAAUCAAAAUCAGUGGCCGUUCAUUACCUGCGUGGUUGGUUCCUUGUAGACUUAUUGGCAGCCAUGCCUUUCGACCUGCUGUAUGUUGCUGACCUCUACAAUCGAGAUACGUCAAUGCACCUGUUGAAACUUACUCGACUUCUUCGUCUCGCUCGACUUCUUCAGAAGAUGGACAGAUACUCUCAGUACAGCGCCAUUAUUCUUACUCUUUUGAUGCUAAUGUUUUCACUGGUUUCUCAUUGGUUGGCUUGUAUAUGGUACGUCAUCGCACUGGAAGAAAUCGAAAUCAACCCAGCCAAUUGGGAUGUGGGAUGGCUGCACCAACUCUCUGAUAAAAUCGGCAGUGACGUCGUUAACUUUACGGACACCGCCACAGCCUACGUCACCGCCCUGUAUUUCACAACCAGUAGUUUAACAAGUGUAGGCUUCGGAAACGUAUCAGCUAACACCAACGCAGAAAAAGUAUUCUCCAUUCUUACUAUGUUGAUUGGAGCCCUAAUGCAUGCUGUCGUGUUUGGAAAUGUGACCGCGAUUAUACAACGGAUGUAUUCAAGGCGUUCUCAGUACCAAACAAAACUAAGAGAUUUAAAGGACUUUUUCAGGCUUCAUCAGAUCUCAAAAGAGUUGCGACAGAGAAUGUUAGACUACUUUCAAACCACGUGGGCGUUGAACAACGGGAUUGACCAACAUGAGAUUCUGCGGGAAUUUCCAGACGAGCUUCGAGGAGAUGUUUCUAUGCAUUUAAACAAGGAAAUGCUGUCACUGCCAAUAUUUGAACCUGCGCCUCAAGGGUGCUUAAAGCAACUGUCACACCAUAUAAAAAGCAACUUCUGCGCCCCUGGAGAGUAUCUGGUACACACAGGAGACGCACUUAGUUAUCUGUACCUUGUAUGUAAUGGUUCCAUGGAAGUUCUUCAGAACAACAUGGUGGUUGCUAUCUUAGGAAAAGGCGAUCUGGUAGGAUGUGACAUUACGAUGGAAAUGAGUGAGUCCAGCCUCAAGUCUACCAGUGAUGUGAAAGCCUUGACCUAUUGCGACUUGAAGAGCAUCUAUAUUCCUGGACUAAGAGAAGUUCUGAAACUUUAUCCUGAGUUUGCAGAGAGUUUUACUCACGACAUUCUUCUCGACUUAACAUUUAACCUCAGGGAAGGAUCUGAUGAGGAGGAUGUUAUGAACGGAGCACAUUCGUUAGUUCUGCCGUCGAUAUCAGAGGACGACGAAAAUCACGACAGUAAUCAAGCUUCACCACUUCUGUCUCCUGGUACUCCGACAAAGAAGAAUACAUGCCGUCCUUUUCAAAAGGAAGAGAUUUCUUCAGAUUUUCACCAAAAUCGACGUUUAUCAACUGACCGGUCACCAUCGAGAUGUAGCAAACUAAGAUCUGUGGCAACUCAUCCUAAUAUUGGGCGGACUUUGGAGCUUUAUGAACUACGAGAAGAGCUAGAAGUCACCAAAAACAACUUGGAGAAAUUAGACACACAGAUGACUGCUCUCAUAAAGAACGUGGCGUCACUAAGUAAUGAUGUUCGAGUCACGUUGACAUUAGUGCAAAGGUUUACUGCUCGAGCUAGUAGUGGCCCCUUUCAGGCCCAUUAUCAGGAUUUCUCCCAGGAAUGCUACGUUUCUAAGCCCUUCACCCAGUUUUCAUCACAACCAUCUGGGAUUUCAUAUACCCAGACAGAAGUUGACCAGGAGACUCGUCUCCGUGCCACCUCUAGAAUAACACAGACUGACAGUUAUCUAUUAAAUGACUUAUCAAACGAUCAAGGGGAGUAUCAGUCUCCUCCCCCAAAUUCUGGCUACUCCUCUAGUUCCUCCAAUGAGGAAAAGGCUCGUUUCGUAAUCGGAAAUGUCUCGUUUAUAACAAAAGAAGAAGAGGAGAUUAUGUGCGACGACAGUGUCUUCAAGAACACUGGUUCAAUCAACCACAGUAUUUCAUCUUCCAAGAACGGUGUAUUAGAUUUGGAAACAUCUCAGUUUCAAUCCGUUGAUAUUAUCGAGGACAGACGGCACAGAGAUCACGUGAACGACGUCAGUGAGCGACUUCCACCUCGUAGAACUCUGUCGACUGACCUCUGAACUUUACAUUAUUCUUAUAAAUCCUGAUAGCCACUUCUGAAACGUAAGCUUGUUCUAAAGUCUUGCAUUUUCGAAAUAGCCAAUGCAGAAAUUAUUCGUUAUCAACAGAUCGCCACCUGGUGAAAGUCGAAAGAAAUAACAUUUUCAUCAAAUUAUUAUGAUAAAUAGAGAGAGAGAAAAAAAACAAGCCUAUCAGUCAGAAGAUCAUCAGAUAUCCUAAGUCUUAAAAGUGAAGUAAUUAACUAGUAUUAUAAUUGUACUGUUAACUAGUGAUAUAAGCUAUUUUACGGUCGUAAUUAAACGUUUGUUACAAGUGAGUAAAAUUACCUAUAAAUUUUAAAAUAAACUCUCCAAAAAAUCUG